GCAAUGGCUGGGAUACUAUAUUAUGCGCAGCUGCAUGUGCCGAUACCUCUCCAUUGCUCUUGGCCCCUUGGUGGAAUCUGACAAACCCCGAGAGCGCGCGGGGCUGGGAGGUGUGAAAAACAUGGAAGGUGGUUGGGACGCUGGCCAAUCGGAGAGCUUGAGCAAAGCCACCUUGGCCGCCUUCUUUCAACUUUCCUUCUUUUCGAACCAUUUCACUUCACUCUUGAACAUUGCCAGCUUUUCGACAUGCCAGCAAAGCAGAUCGAGUGCACUGAUGGUGUUGUGUUGGAUCGCGCCUCUUACCUGUUAGACCAUUACACCAGGUUUUAUUGCUCCAGACCUUUGCAUCCAUUGUCUUCCAUGUCCUUUGAACACUCGUACACCGAGGGCUCUGUAACCUUCCCUGCGGUCAAUCCAUGUUCUAUACAUUUGACGCGAUACUUGAUACUGUCUGCUAAAGCGUUCCUGAAUGGUGAUAGAGCACAGAAUCAUAGGGCUUCAGUUUUGGUAGGUAUUACUUUGCUCAAGGUAGUAUUGUGCAUCGCCCUGGAAGGUUCUAUAAUUGAAGAGGGUCGAUCUGGAAACGGACAUCCCUCAAAAGACUAGUGAGCGAGACUGCGCUUCACUAGUCGGCGUGGUGAAACGAUGUGUGAUUAUCCAAACAACAACUCUUUCACACUUCCUUUCUAC